UGUGUUACGCCACGUACCGUUGCCCUCACAUAUGAUGACAAUCCGACUGAAGAGAUAUAUGACUUGUUGGCGCUUUUAAAACGUUACAACGCAACUGCGACAUUCUUCCACAAUGGUCCUAACCAUAUUAAUAAAUGGAAGCUUGACACAUAUAUCUCUGAUAUUUACGCAGCUGGUCAUCAGAUGGGGCUACACACGUGGGACCAUGUAAACAUGGACCAGGUAGGGCCGAAAGAAACGUUAGAUAAUCUUGAAAUGUUGAAUGCAUGGCUGCAGGAGAAAAUCAAUGUACGAUCAAGCUUCGUCCGACCGCCGUUUGGCGAAUGUGAAGUGGAAUGUAGGAAAUCCCUGGUACGCAACGGUUACACUCUUGUCAUGUGGACUUUAGACCCAUUGGACUGGGUCUUCGCAGCAGAUGACAAAGUUCAUUCCAGUACUGAUAUCAUCAACGCUUGGAAAGAUAGCCAAGUUGGGAUGCACAAUGAUAGUUACCAGGGGCCGAUAGUCUUGAUGCAUGGCCGGCUUCACAACAGCAUCGCGGUCCUGACACCCACUUUGUUGGAAUUCUUUACGUCUGAGAAUUUCCGGUUCGUAUCUGUUGCCGAAUGUUUGGGGUUCUCUAGGGAGCAAUGG